GCUGCCAUGAAUGGCCCGCUCGUCGGCAGACGUGGUGCGGUGGACGAAGCGCAUCUCGGCGCUGGCGAGGGGCGGGCGCGCGGCGGAGGCGGUGGCGGAGUUCUCCAGGAUGGACGCGGCGCCGAACGCGCUCACGCUGGCGAGCGUCCUCCCGGCGUGCGCCAGGCUGCGGAGCCUCGGCCUGGGGCGGGCCAUCCACGGGUUCUGGCUCCGGCGAGGGGGCGGCCCCGGCGCGAACCCUAUCGUGGACAACGCCGUGCUGGACGUGUACGCCAAGUGCGGGGCCCUCCGCAGCGCGCGCCGCCUGUUCGACGGAAUGCCCGAGCGGGACGUCUUCGCCUGGACCGCGAUGGCGUGGGGGCUCGCGAGGGGCGGCAGCCCGCAGGACGCCGUCGCCGUGUUCAGGGCGAUGCUCUCCGACGGCGGCGCCCGCCCGAACGAGGCCACCUUGGUCAGCGUCCUGCACGCCGUGGCGUCCACCGGCGCUCUGGCGUGCGGCAAGCUGCUGCACUCGUAUGCGCUGAAGCGAGGGCUCGGCGGUGAGCAGGUCGUCGGCAACGCGCUGGUCGACGCCUACGCCAAGUGCGGGGAGGCGCGGCUGGCGUUCCAGGUGUUCGACCUGCUCCCGGACAAGGACCUGGUGUCCUGGGCCACCGUCAUGAGGGCCAUGGCCGUGCACGGCCGCUGCCGGGAGGCGCUGCAGCUCUUCUCCAUGAUGCUGCGCCAAGGUGUUCGACCGGACGACGCCGUGUUCCUGUCGUUGCUCUAUGCCUGCUGCCAUGCCGGGCAGGUAGACCAGACGCUGCACCUCUUGGACGCCAUGGGAAGGAUCUACGGGAUCGCGCCGCAGAAGGAGCACUACACCUGCGCCCUCGACGCUUGCGGCCGAGCUGGGCGGCUGGACGGAGUUGGAGAAAUCUUCAGGCGGAUGCCCAUGGAAUGCGAUCAGCAGGCACUUGGAGCUUACUGCUCCCAUGCAAGUGCGAGUAAAGCAAACGGCGUUGUUGCCGGCGAGCGGUUCCUCUGGAAGAGGUUUCUCGCCGGAGAAGUGGCCGCCGAGCGGGACGCGUACGUGCUCAUGUCCAAGUCGCUGGCUGAUGCAGGGCGGUGGGACGAUGUUUGUUCUGCCAGGGAGAGGGCUGCUGCGACAAGGAUCGACAAGACUGCUGCUUGCACUUGGAUUCAAGUGUAGCAUCAUUGAUCACAUCACCAUUCAACAAGGUGAAAGUUCAACAAGGUAAAACAAAUGAACGGUGCAAACUAUCAGAAAAUUCCUUGUAAAUCGUAUGUACCCGAGGGGGAAAAUAACUGCGCGGAAUAUGUUACAAGUAAUGGAAUAGUGUGAAAAAUUGAUGCUCAUCUGGCAUAAAUACAAGAACUGAACUGUUUAGGCUCGUGA